CAACUAGAUGUGCAAAUAGUAACCCAAAGAAUCCCACAAAUCGGCCAAUUAACUGUGUGCCCAAACCUUAGCCCUCAUCAAAAGCAGCAACCCGAUCCCGUAGUUACAAUCAUGGCUCCCUUGUCAUGCGCCGCUUCGCCUCGCUCUUCUAUAUCUCCUCCUCUCCUGUGAUCUCCUCUCUCUACCGCUUCAAGUAUGGAGAACACCACUUGGAACAAGAAGCUCAAUAAGCACAAGAGCAAGACCGUGAGGAUGGAUGAGCAGCAGGAGGAAUCUGGCUGUUGCUUCUUCUGCGCCAUAAAGGAGCCCGACCCCAGGCUUCGGCAGCCGGCUGUCGCGAGCGUCUUCGAUGAGAUGCCGUACCGCGCCGACGAAUCCGGCGUCCUGGUCCUGAGCGCGCUCUGGAACAUCGCCAUGACCCGCUCCGAUGACCCCGAGCUUCCCUCCCUCGGUGCGCUCCGCUGCAUGUCCCUCCUCAUCGCCAGGGCCAUCGCCGAGCCCGCCUGGCUCCUCCGUCACCAGAAUAUCUACGUACCUUACUAUGCAGCGCACGUCCUCGGGUCGUACACCAUCCACCUCCCCGAGCUCGCGGAGCUCGCCAUCGAUGCCGGCGCUGUGCCCCCGCUCCUCGACCUCCUUCGCGGGAGCCUGACCUGGGUCGAGCAGCGGGUGGCCGUCCGUGCUCUCGGCCACCUGGCUAGCUACGACAGCACGUUUCCCGCCGUCGCGCAGCACGCGGAAGAGGUGGUGGCGCUGGCCAUGCGCGUCGCGUCCACCUGCCUCGACACCGUUUACACUGAGUUCGUGGCGGUAACGCCUUCGGAGCGGGAGCAGUACCAUCGCGACCUCUUGACGAGGGGGCUCGGCGGGGCCGACAUGGAGGACCGGAGAGCGGAGGAGUGGGCGAGCCAGCUCCAGUGUUGGUCCCUCUACCUGUUAUGCUGCUUCGCGUACAGGGACCAAUCCAUUCAUCAUCUGCUUUGCCGUGACGUCGGGUUCUUGAAGGAUCUGUGCCGGAUGUGGGGAGGGUUGGUGAACAGCGACUCCCCUGCCGGGGUCGGACUGGUGAGGAUACUUUGUCGAAGCGAGGCCGGGCGAGAGGCCAUGGCGGGGUGUCGAGAAGUGGUCGAGAGCCUCUGCAACCUCUCGAGAUCCUCCGACGAUUGGCAGUACAUGGGCGUCGACUGCCUCCUGUUGCUCGUCGACGACCACAAGACUCGGCAGAUGGUGAUGGAGAUCGCCGCACCUUGCCUCGUGGACUUGGCGGAGCUGCAGAGCCUGAGCGCAAGGGAAAGGAUCGGAGAAACAAUAACGAAGGCCCUACUGCUAGAUUUCGACCAUGGAGCUCGUGCUUUGGGUGGAGAAGCUGGAACAGCUGUCAAAUUCCUAUGGGAACUAAAGGUCGAGAGGAAGCGCAGAGAACACCGGAUGUCAAACAAGGAGGCCACGGAAAGAACAGCGUUAGCUGCGUUGAAGAAGAGGCAUGGCAACGAGAAAUUCUGGUCGGGAAACGUGGAGGAGGCCACAAUUCGAUACACCGAUGCACUGGAGCUCUGCCCCGUGAAGAUGAGGAAGGAGAGGCUGGUUCUUUACAGCAACAGAGCGCAGUGCCACCUGCUGAUGCAAGAUCCCGAUGCGGCCAUUAGCGAUGCGACACGGGCGCUGGCGUUGGCUCGGCCGGCGAACGGGCACGCCAAAAGCCUUUGGCGGAGGUCGCAGGCAUACGACAUGAAGGGCAUGGCCAAGGAAAGCCUGAUGGACAGCAUCAUGUUCGUUAAUGUGCUGAUGGACAGCGAGAAGGGGAAAGAAAGGAAACACACAAAGCUUCCUUACUAUGCAGCACGUAUGAUCAACAAGCAGAUGACAGCUACCGGUCUCUUCGCUGGAUUGGCUUCAUGGGACAAGAGAAGAAAGGAGGAUCAUGACAGGAAGAAGAACGCAGUAGCAUCGUCUCCUUCCGGUUGUAGUCUGCCGACCAUUGAAGAAGAACCAUGGUUUUGUAGGAGAGAAUGCAAAGGAAAAGGAGAGUGGAGUGAGAGGAGAUAAUGUGAGCUUUUGCGGCUUAUAUCUGUUCAUACACAGACGAAAACGCUACCAUUAACGUAGCAAAAGUUGCAUGCAACGUGAGAAGCUAUCUCAGACAAUUAGACAUAGCUCAACUAAUUUCCUCAGAAGCAAAUGAUGCUUCCCUCUCAUGUAAUUGCCUGCUGGACAUGUUAGAGAUUCAUUAUCUAGAAAUAAUUCCACA